AGGCAUAGUCGGUCAGACCACAGUAGCUCUUUACUACUUCGUUUUCUGCUUCACUGUCAAUCCCUCCGUUUCCAUUUUUCUUUGAUUCCUUCCAAUCGGAGUCUCUUCAAAUCUAGGGUUCCGAUUUUUCCGAUCGAUCCCUUAGCGUUUCGAGCUCAUUUUCUGCCAAUAACAAUGGCGAAAAUAAGGCAAUCUCGGCUAUUAGCGAAGAAAUGGUUGACGCUCAAGCUCGAACAGUCAAUGUUGUUCAUUCUGACGGUCGGCUUCUUGAUGCUUCUUUCCCUGGGGAUUUUCUCUCUCCCGGCGAGUAAGGACGAUUCUCCGCCAAUCGAUCUCACUAUCCAUCGGCGCAUGGAUUUUGAAAGAGGUAAUGGAUUGGGGAAGAGAGGCGAGCAGUGGAUCGAAUUGCUUUCCUGGGAGCCUAGAGCUUUCCUUUACCAUAACUUUUUGUCCAAGGAAGAGUGUGAGUACCUUAUAAGUCUUGCUAAACCUCAUAUGGCGAGGUCAUCUGUCAUUGAUAAUAACACUGGUGGGGGUAAAGAAAGCAGGGUACGUACAAGCUCAGGAAUGUUUCUAAAGAGAGGACAAGAUAAAAUCGUCAGGGACAUAGAGAAAAGGAUAGCAGAAUUCACUUUUAUACCUAUAGAGCAUGGAGAAGAGCUUCAAGUUCUUCAUUAUGAAGUUGGACAGAAAUAUGAACCUCACUUUGAUUAUUUUAUUGAUGAGUUUAACACCAAGAAUGGAGGACAGCGGAUGGCUACUAUGUUGAUGUAUCUGUCAGAUGUUGAGGAAGGAGGCGAGACAGUGUUUCCUAAUGCCAAGGGAAAUAUCAGUGCCGUGCCUUGGUGGAAUGAGUUGUCUGAGUGUGGUAAAGGCGGUCUUGCUGUGAAGCCAAAGAUGGGAGAUGCGAUACUAUUUUGGAGCAUGAGGCCUGAUGCCACACUAGACCCUUCGAGUUUGCAUGGUGCAUGUCCUGUAAUUAGUGGGAACAAAUGGGCAGCUCCAAAGUGGAUGCGUGUCAGAGAGUACAGGACUUAAGCCUUUCAGCAGACAGAGGAUCAAGGGCAACUAAAAUGCAUGUCCUUGCUGGGAGAUUGUAUGGCAAUUGGAGUCGGAAUUCCUGAGAUUGUGGUGUCUCAUUUACUAACCCUUUAAACUUGUUUUUCCUUGAGCAUUAAUGUCUUUCAUUUAAGCAACUAGGUUACAGUUUCACUUAAAAAAAUUGCCUUUUGAUCCGGCAAAUAUAAGAGAAAUCCUGUAGAAUUAAUAGAUUUACAGUUUUUUUAACUUGUACCUUAAUAAGUGAUUAAUUAAUUA